UGCCGACCCGAUGACUGAAAAUAACACUGCUGGCACUUUCACCGAAAGUAACGCGGAGACGCUUCCCUCUGGUGCGAAAGACGCGGAGACGCAGACAGAUUUUAUGCAGAUCCCCGCGAAAACAAGCAGUUUCCGCAGCGUCGGGAAUGCAAAAGGAGUGCAGGCUAAACCACUGGGCACGAGCGUUGCUGUUCAGGUGAAUACAACUGUGAAGGAAAUGAAAUGCAAGGCACUUCAGGUGAAUGUUCAGAACAUACCUACGCCAAAGACAUCAACUCCAAUCAAGAGACGACGUACCACUUGUGUCAGGAAACCAGUCAAGCACCGGAGACGUACACCAGCAAAGGACAUCAGCUACAUUCCCUCGCCUGACGUGUCCCCAGUACUGCAAUACCCUGACAUGCAUGACACAACGUACGAGCCGGAAGAAUCAACUUGCACCCCAGAGGUGACAUUUGAUGAGUAA